AUUCACUGUCCCUCCUAGUAAAAACUGUUUUGAGGCGCGUUAGUUCCCAGUUAGUUAGAGUUGCAUCGACGGUCUUGUGGGGUUUGCGCCAGUCAUGAUGCUGGUCCUGGUCCGUGGCGCAGUACUGCUGGUCGGACUGGCGUUGUGCAGUUCGGACUUUGCUCCUCCCACUAUCGAAGUUAACCUGGGCGAUGAUCCACAACUGCGAUGGGUGCCGAUUUUCAAAGUAUUUGAUGCUGACUUCCUCAAGAAAACUGCUCAAGAGAUCAUAGAUUCUGCGAUUCCCAAAUGGUUGCACAAAGUCCUCAGACCUCUGAUAAAGGCCUCAGAGGUGUUCCUUCUUCCUGAACCUUAUGGCGAGGAGCUCCGUGGCAUGGCUGCCCACUUCGGCAUAAGCCUCUCUGAUAUUAUAAUGCUCAACUAUGCCUAUGAAGCAACUGCAUUCUGCACGAGCAUUGUGGCUCAGAACAAAGAUGGACACGUGUACCAUGGCAGGAACCUUGACUACCCACUCUCUGUUCUGAGAAAUCUUACUGUCAAUGUUAUCUUCCGGAAGGACGGAAAGAUUUCAUAUAUUGGAACAACCUUUGCUGGCUAUGUUGGUCUGUGGACAGGACAAAGUCCAUACAAGUUCACUGUUUCUGGUGAUGAGCGAGGCAGGAAUCACUGGUCAGACCUCUGGAGGAACAUCAUCUCAGCUUUCCUGUUGAGGAGAAGCCCAGUCAGCUGGCUGGUGAGAGAGACUCUAGAAAAGGCAGAAGACUUUCAAGAUGCCGUCCUGCGUCUUUCCAAAAUCCCGAUCAUCACACAAGUGUAUUAUAUUGUAGGCGGGGCACGAGCAGGUGAAGGGGUCGUCAUCAGCAGAGACCGAGCCGGCCCGGCAGAUAUCUGGCCGUUGGAUCCACUGAGUGGCGGAUGGUACAGAGUCGAGACCAACUUUGACCACUGGCUCCCUUCCCCAGCCAAGGAUCAUCGAAAAGAAGCAGCAGAAAAAGCAAUGAAUGCUACUGGUCAAGAGCAUAUCAGUAUGUAUGCGCUUUAUCAGGUUUUGUCACCAUUUCCUGUGUGUAAUGGGUUUACAAUCUAUACAACAAUUAUGAGCGCAGCAACCCCAAAGAAGUAUAUCACACUUGUCAGGCCACCGGACUGCCGCAUAACUCACUGACCUGAAGUGCUUCCAGUGGUCCUAGAAAUGGAACUGCGAUUUACCCUCAGUGAAACUGAUAAGCAUUUUGUUUUUUUAAAGAAAGUUAAUGCAAGUUUAACAAGAAAAUGUCUACUCUGUGAUCAUCUGCUGCACAUAGUAACAGUUUUUUGACAACAGUUUUAUGACUCACCAAAUCUGACCUAUUACAAAUUAUGUGGAACUACAAGUGAAAGAGCUUCUUCCUAGUAGUGUGCUAUUGUGUUAUAUGCAUUUUA